CCCUUCUCUCCCUUCAUUUUCUUAUACUUUUCUUUUUUCUUUUAUUUCACAGCUCCAACUAACUCUCACACCUGUCAUCUGAUUUUUCUCAGGCUUUCUCUCUCCCCUUUUAAUUUAUUCUCGAGAAUCUUCGAUCAUCUCUAACACAAUUGUUUCAUUUUCUUUCUAUACAAUUUCAGAUUCAUGUUUGUCGUUGUUAGUAUUACAUACUAUUAGGUGACGUUGAACGGCACUGAGAAUAUAUAUAAUUUAAGAAAUUAAGAAUGCGAAACGGCGUCGCGACGAACGGAGUUUGCUUGUCGGAGUCCGUGAAUGGGAGUCGCGAUGUUUGGAGUUGUAAAGAUUCUGAUUCUUUAUCAGCUGAUCAUCUUGUUAUCAUGGUCCAUGGAAUCCUCGGCAGUUCUUCAGAUUGGAAGUUUGGAGCUGAGCAAUUUGUUAAAAGGCUACCCGAUAAAGUAUUUGUCCAUUGCAGUGAACAGAAUAUGUCUAAGCUGACUUUAGAUGGCGUGGAUGUAAUGGGUGAACGUUUGACAAAGGAGGUCCUUGAUGUUAUUCAACAAAAGCCUAAUUUACGCAAUAUCUCCUUUGUUGCACAUUCUGUGGGAGGACUUGUGGCUAGAUAUGCAAUUGGGAGACUCUAUAGACCACCUAAGGAAGAAGUUAAAGAGGAUAUAUCUAGUAAUGGAUGCAAGGAGGAACCAAGGGGUACAAUUGGUGGCUUGGAGGCUGUUAACUUCAUCACUGUUGCAUCUCCUCAUCUUGGUUCAAGGGGCAAUAAGCAGGUACCAUUUCUUUUUGGGGUAACUGCUUUUGAGAAAGCUGCAAGUCGUGUUAUUCAUUGGAUAUUUAGGAGAACAGGUCGGCACCUUUUUCUUACUGAUGAUGAUGAAGGGAAGCCUCCACUGCUUAAGCGGAUGUUGGAAGACCAUGAUGAGUUUUACUUCAUGUCUGCAUUGCGUUUAUUCAAACGUCGGGUGCUGUAUUCCAAUGUGGGCUAUGACCAUAUUGUGGGAUGGAGAACAUCAUCAAUAAGAAGGAAUAGUGAACUGCCAAAGUGGAAGGAGUCUCUAAAUGAAAUGUAUCCACAUAUCGUGUAUGAAGAACACUGCAAGGCCUGUGAUGCUGAUCAAUAUGAAACUAUUUCAACAGAGUAUGAUGGCUCAUCUGACAAGCUAGAAGAGGAACUGGUAAGAGGUCUAUCUCGAGUUUCAUGGGAAAAAAUAGAUGUUAGUUUUCACACAAGUAGACUGAGAUUUGCUGCUCAUAGUGUCAUACAGGUUAAAGAUGAAGUUAUGCAUAUAGAAGGUGCAGAUGUCAUCCAACAUAUGAUCGACCAUUUUCUUACUUGAAAGCUUUUGCUUUUAGAAAUACACAUCAUAUACGCAGAUACAAUAUUCUCCUAGGUAAGUCAGUGCCUGAAAUCCCCAUUGGUUGCAGUCGAAAGGAUCAAUGCUCCGGUUGGUGAUCGGCACUUUGAUUAAUUUAGCAGUCAUGAAGAAAAUUUUGUUCAUUCAUUGAUCAUUUUAUGUUGCAUACAUGUGCACGUUCAGCAAUAUAUCCCAAUAAUAUAUAAUUGUGUUACUUCUUUUUCUGUUAUGUGUUGUAAAGAAAUUAUUCAGUAAUUUACAAUUUUCAUGGAAGGCUCUACUUUCUAAUUUUUUCAUGUAACGAUGAGCCUUGAUAAUUUGUGUUUUGCUCAUUUAUAAAAGAAAAUGCCAUGGAUAGUCAUUAUAAGUAUUUUUUUUGUUUAUU